AGUUCUCAACAGAAAACAGAAAAACAAACUUCGAAAGCCUUCUCUUUCUCUCUCUCUGUAAGUGUGUUUUAAACGAUCUAGGGUUACAGAAUUCGAUGCCACAGGUGGAUUUGGAGUCGCUGGUUUCUGCAUGCGCCGGAGGUUCCUCCGAUCGGAAAGUAGCAUGCGAGACAAUCGACGGCGACGUCGAUACUACUGAUUGGCCGCCGCCGGAAUCGAUCUGGCUCUCCGGCGAAGCUGAGUUCGACUGGUUGGACCGAAACGCCGUCGUUUACGAGCGGAAAGAAUCCACGAAAGGAAGCUCCGUAUUCGCCACGUCGAACCCUGGCUCCAACAACAACUCUCAGCGAUUCUCCAAGAAUCUGAUGAAAUCCAAAGCUGCGAUUAUCGGACUACCGAAAUCGCAGAAAUCGGCGUUCGCUGACGCAAGCCAGAGCCGCCGCAUCCACCACCACCGGCAGGGAAACGCCAGGCUGUUUCCGAAGCGGAGCGCUUCCGUCGGAAAAUCUGACUCCGCCGUCGUUGUAUACGAGCCAUCGUCGCCGAAGGUCUCGUGCAUCGGUAGGGUUAGAUCAAACCGGAACCGCCGUUUAAGAACUCGCCAGCGGAGCAUAUCCUCCUCCACCGCCGCUGCAGCUGCCACCUCCACCGUCACAAUCGCGAGACAAAAAUCUUGCCGGAGCGGGAGACGCAAAACCGGUUUCUUUGAAAGCCUUCGCGCCAUUUUCAGAUCCGGUCGACGAGGAAAACCGGUUCAGAAACCCGAUCCAUCUUCGGAGGAUUCAUCGACGAAGAAGAAGAAGAAUAAAAGAAGCAACAGUAGAAAAUCGCGCGGUGACAGUAGCAACAAAGCCAUCCAAAACGACGAGUCGUUUAACGAAUCGGUUUCCAUUGAACCUCCCGGUUUGGGUAGCUUGAACCGGUUCGCAUCAGGGAGAAGAUCCGAAUCGUGGAGUGUAGUAGGUGACUCGGAGAUCCACGUGGCACAGUAAAUUUUUUUGGCGCCGUUCAAGUUCGGUUGGCGAUUAGUCUUGAACUGCGGGCCCCAAAGUGGUUUAAAAAGUCGUUGAUUGCUUACGUGGCACGUUGAAAACGGUCACUAACUGUUUUCCUCACUCCUGUAAGAAGAUAAAUGUAUUUUUAAUUUUUUACAGCGUCCUUUUUUCUCU